AUGCCGACACUCCAUACCACCUGGUCUGAGGGUCAGACAGAACCACAGUCUCUUGUACACGACUGCAGGGAGCAAAUCGACUUACCUCCGGGCUCGCUCGAUCUUACGCCCAAUGGACUGGACCCCUGGUGGGCGGUCAGGGAGGAACUAUCCCAAGAUAAUGACUUCACAACGUUUGCUCUGGGGACCGACUCCUCUGAAUUAGAGCACGACCCUCUGGAGUCCUUCAGCUUCCUGUCACGGUUUACGAGUAAUGACAAAGGCAUGGGCGGGGCAUUUGCAAUUGACACCGAAGCAUUGAGAGGGAUUCUACCAGAGCCUUGGUUGUCGGAGAAAGAAUCGGAUGGCUGGAACGAAGGGGCUGAUAAUGGUGGUCCUCCGCCAUACGACAACCGACAUGUGCUGCAGAGAAGGCAACCCUCUUCUCCCACUGGUUGGGAUCAAGCAGCAGAUGCUGCCUCCGCUUUCAGCCCUGACUGGUCGGUCCAACUUCCUCUCCAGUCGCUCCCCGUUUCUCAGUGGAUGGAUCCUUCCGCGGCUCAGAAUGUCUCCUUGCAAGUAUUGAGAUCCAAUUCCACCAGAGGUUCUCAUUCCCUGAUGCGAUCCCACACAGACUACGAGUCCAAAUACCGCCACUUGGCGAUUAAGUCACACCAGAUCUUCGUAGCGAUCAAAGCAAUGUCGCUGGGCGGUCAGGGCGUGGAGUCCAUCAAUAGGACGAACGCGGACGAUUGGUCACCGUUUUUAGAGCGGGAAUGCGUCGACUUUUUCUGUCCAGCUAAUCUACAUCGCUUCCAGGAGUAUUUCUGGGCUCUCUGGUAUCCCAACUGUCCAACUAUCCAUAAGCCCACUUUUGACGCUACAACUGCACCUCAUCAACUACUGGCUGCAAUGGCCUUGAUUGGCGCAUCCCUAUCUCCACACAAGAACGACAACUCACGGGCUAAGCUGUGGUUCGAUGCUGUGGAAAAAAUGGUCUUCUACGAUGAGACAACCUACAAUGUCGAGGAAGGGAGUUGCGUUCCCUGCCCUCCGGACCGGCUAGAAGCGAGACUUCGUGCCCUUCAGGCCUCUUACGCAGUGUGCCUCUAUCAGAACUGGGAGGGUCGGGAUGCCGCCAAAGGGAGGAUUCGAAGGCAGAGAUAUAGCAUGGUAAUCUCGCUUGCGCGUGAUUUGAUGUGUUAUGCCAACCAUACUGGACUGGACCACUUAGAUCUGCACAGCCUCUCCUGGAAGCAGUUUGUGGUGAGAGAGGAGCUGAUUCGGUCCAUCAUGUAUGUCUUCCUGCUCGACACGGCUUUUACCAUCUUCAACAACCUUCCCCCCCGGAUGGUCCUCCGAGAAACAACGAAUGACCUGGCCUGUCCCGAACCUUGCUUCCAAGCGCCUACCGCGGUCGACUGCUUCAAUAAAAUCCAGAACUGGAUUUCCCAUCCGCAAUAUAAAAAGGGUGUUCCUUUCUACGCUGCCGUCCGAAGUUUGCGACAAAAGACACUGGACAUAGAGACCAGAGCGUACCUAUCCCAAUGCGGUGUCCUCAAUCUUUGGACGAUUGUGUCGUCCUUCCACAGUUUCCUUUUCAACAUCGACCCAGUCUUUGGCUCCGACGCACAGUUUGAGACGCUGAGGAAUGCCAUAACGAACUGGAUGGUCGUGUGGGAUCUACGCUUCGAACCUGGCUUCUCGGACUGCUAUGGCACCCACGACCCCUUGGGCCCUCAAUGUAUGACAGAACCUGACAAGCCGUGGAAGCGGAUCGGGUUUUACAGGAAUGCUCCAGAAUAUUGGUUGUUGGCCCGCAUCAUGCUGGAAAAAGUAGAAUCGUCUCGACAAACUGCCAACGCUGGGGAAAGCCUGUUGGGACGUGAAGACUGGCGUAGGACCGGAGUCUCUCCAAUCCUCUCCAGGUUUGACGAGACCAGCAUGGACCAGGUGAAUGACUUGAUUACCAGCUUUCAGCCGCUAAGCAUGAAUGAAUAA